AUGGCUGAUUUGAUAAGCAGUCUUCCAGACGAAAUCAUUUUUUAUAUUCUUUAUUUUCUUCCAUCCCAACAAGUUGUUGCAAGAAGUGUUCUCUCCAAGCGCUGGAAUCUUAUGUGGCGUUAUGUUCCCUCUUUGGAUUUCAACACCAUUGACGAAGAUUUUUGGCUUCACAAUUGCCAAAAGAUUGUCAAGACGUUUUAUAGCUCGGUGGGCUCUUUCUUGGUUUGUCGUGGAGAUCAACCCUUCCAUAGAUUUCGCCUCAGAUGCUACCCUUCCAUGGAUAUUACUAAAAGUAUCAAGACACGGAUUCAGACUGCAUUGAGGGGAAGUUGCAGCGUUCAAAUCCUCGACCUCUAUUGUCAUCCGAAGGACUUUGUCAUUCCAUCUGUGGUGUUUAGCUUUAAAACUCUUGUAACUCUCAAGUUGAAAUGGCUAACCGUGGAAGAUAUGUCCUUUGUUGAUUUGCCUUUGCUUAAGAUCUUGCAUCUAAAAUAUAUUUUUUCUCUAGUAGAAAUUGAUCUUUCACAUAUUUUUUCUGGGUGUCCAAAUCUUGAGAAAUUAAAAGUCAGUAAUUUGGCUUGUGAAGCUAAAGCAAAGAUUAUCAGAUUGCCCAAGUUAGUUAAAGCCAGCAUCUAUAAACUCUUACUUCCAUUGGAAAUAUUUAAGGAAGUUGAAGUUUUGAAAUUGGAUUGGAUAUUUCAACCAAACCUGUACCUAAAUUUUGAUUUUCAUAAUUUAGUUCAACUUCAAUUGACUGUGGCCCUGGAUUGGCUUCUGGUCUUGAAAGUGCUCAAUCAUUGUCCCAAACUUCGAAGUCUUGUCAUUUGCAUUAAUAAGAUCGAUGUUCGUAUUUAUCAGUCCUUAAAUAUACCAGGUUAUGAAGAUGUUUGGCCAUACCUACAAACUGUUCCUGCAUGCAUUUCAUCACACCUUAAAACCUUCUGUCUUACACAUUACAGUGCUUUCUCCUCUGCCUCCACACGAAUUUUCGCUGCUAUCGGGCCAUCUUUCUCCGUCGCAGACCAUCCUCUACAGCCGCGCCAUCCUCUGUCGUCCGUCGCACCAUCCUCUGCCGCCGCGCGAUCCUCUGCCGUUGCGCCAGCCUCUGCCGCCGCGCCAUCCUCUGCCGCCACGCCAUCUCUGCUGCCCCGGGUUUGUAUGUAUUCAUUGAAGGUUUUCCGAGUUGCAAUACUAGGUUGUUUGAGCCGUAGCUCUAGGAUGGGUUGUCCAUGCUGCAAUGUCGAGUUGUCUGAGUUGCAGUUUCGGGCUAUCUGA